AUGAUGAAAUGCAAUGACUUUGAAAAAAGUAAAACUUGCAAUCACAUGAAUAAUUUGGACCAGGCACUGCACGACUUGGGUAUGUUGAGUGCCAUAACUGAGGCUCGACGUGAAUAUCUAAGGGAAUCUAAAUCUAAUUUGGGCGUGAUGCGGCUAAACACGCGGUAUGUGUCCAACGUCACAGUGGGGUAUUGUAUGAAACGGAGCACAAACAAAAGCAGGCUCUGUCCGUAUGUACUGCCCGUACGACAUAGAACUAAGAGUGAGAACUCCGACGCGAUCGGUUGUGAUUUGAGCGAUAACUUCGAUUUUAAGUACAAUAUAUUAGAACCAUCGACAAGCACUUUCAUGAGAGAAGAAGUCGACAUGAAGAGCCCAGCCAAGAGAUGUCAAUCUCUAGAGAACAUAAAUCUCAACCUAGACCCGGUGCCUAAAGCUGAAAUUUCCCCCGAUAUGGAUUGUGUGUCGACAAGGAUUCAGAAGUUACAAGUUGAUGAAUGA